AAUCGGUUUUCCAAAAGUAGUGGCCAUAUUGUGAAGAUGGAAAUUAAAUUAUUAUCGUGUCCGGUGUGUUUGAAUCCGCAUUUCAAUUGCGUCGACGCCCUUAGGGCUACGUUAGUACACGUUGCAACGAAUUUAGUGUCUUGUCCGGUCUGUUCGGAAACUUUAUUGGGAUUGGAUAAACUUACGAUACACCUUUUCGCCCACAUGGGGAAUUCGUCACUCCCCAAACCGAUAGAGGAUAAUUUACGAAAGGAAAUAGACACGAAAAUCGAAAGUGAAAUUAAAAACGUUUCAGAAGAACACGUCAAAUGUGAUAUAUGCAGUUUUUCAUUUACCGAUAAAUAUAUUCUCGAUAUUCAUCAAAAAUUACUUCACCAAACGCCCCCCGACGUCGAAACGGGCACCUACAACUACCACUGUCAUUUGUGUAGUAAAAAAUUUAAAAUGAGGGGUAGUUUAAUGGUGCAUUUGAGGGUAGCUCAUUACGGUUUUAUUCGUACUACGCGGAAUUUGGAAAACAACGAAAAGAAAAAGGAAAAAACUCUAGUUUCUGAAAACGACGAUAAUAACAGUGCCGAUAAACGACAAAACGGAGGAAAAACACAAGAUAACAAACAAUGGGAAUGCGACGUUUGUUCUAAAUGGUUUACCACCAAAUAUUUUUUGAAGAAACACAAAAGAUUACAUACAGGUGAAAUGCCUUAUUGUUGCACUUUGUGCAAUAAAUCUUUCACUUUUCAACAAUCCUAUCACAAACAUAUGCUGUACCAUUCAUCGGAAAAGCCUCACAUUUGUAACGAAUGCGGUAGGGCCUUUAAGGAGCUAUCUACUUUACAGAAUCAUGCUAGGAUACAUUCCGGAGAAAGACCAUUCAUAUGCGAAACGUGCGGUAAAAGUUUCAGACAAAGAGUAUCUUAUUUAGUUCACCGGAGAAUCCACACGGGGGUGAUGCCCUACAAAUGUAACGUGUGUGAUAAAAGUUUUCGGUACAAAGUUAGUCAAAAAUCUCACAAGUGUCUAACGAAUAUCAGUUGUGAACAACAAUCCAAUACACCAGCGUCACAUUCUACCUCUAGAAGUAUAAUGAACGUCGAUUUGGACACGGGAAAUAUUAGCGUUGUACGACAAGAGCCUUUAACCGUUUCGGAUAAUUCUUUGGUACAAAAGGAAUCGAUUAUAUUGAAUAAUAACGAACGUAUUGAAAUUAGUUAUAAAAAAACUGAUUUAUGUACCGUUGUGAAUAAUAUUACAGCAGAACAGGUUAUUGGCGAAUCUCCAGGUGAAAUAGAAGAUUUAUUGUAUACCCAGCAUGAAAAACCAUCGUUUUCACCGAUUAUCUCAAACAUACUACCCGAAGUGGAAUCAUUAUAUUUAGACGGUUCUCCAACAAACAUGCAAAUUCAAACCGAAGAAGAAUCGAUAAACGAUAUGAGGGAAAAGUGUCUUCAAGAAUUACUAAACGAAAUCGAAUAUGUUCCGAAUAAAUAAAAUGCUAUAAACGCUUCAUCCUGUAACUAUGGUUAUUUAUGGUUAUAAAAAGCUUCUACAGGGUGUACCACGUUGAAUUGAAUCGAUUUAUAUAUAGAAAAUUAUUGAAAAUUUGCAUAUGGGAGUUUUACGAUGAGAUUGGUUCAGUUGAUUAUGAUUUCAGGUUAGAUCUGGUUUUAUUUUAUCGAAUUUUUCAAAAAUUUCAGUUAUUAAAUCUCUGCUAAAACUAGUUGAUUCAGAUACAGGGUUGUGAGGUUAAAAUUCCCUUAUUUUCAAUGUAAAAUCCACUGGUGGAAAAAAAUUGAGUUUUUUAUUGUAAAUACUGUGAAUAUUCAAAAAUUUAAUCGUUAUUAUGACAAUUUUCUUUUUGUUUCCAAAAUUAAAUUGUUUUUAUUUUUACAUUUGGAAAACUGCAUCUUGAAAUUUAAAAAAAACUUGGUACGAUAUUUCAAAUACCAAAAUUCAUAGUAUAUUUUGAAAAUGCAAUUAAAAUACUGUAUGUUUCAUUAAAAAAACACAAAUUUUGGAUAUCUCUUCGUUAAAUACUGGUUUUAAUUGUUACAACGUAUCAUUAAUCAAUAAUUCACUGGCUUGACCUAUAAAAGUCACUAAAAAUACCAAAUACCAUCUUUCAAACGACAAUUUCAAAAUUUUUGGAACCAUUUCCCGCAACAGUUUGUUUUUUUUGAACUUCUUGAAGUAAACAGCAACAGAUUCAAAUUUCCAAUCACCCUGUACAAUAUUCUUAUAAAAUUUCCCAAAAAUCAAGAAGCUUGGGUCGCUAUUGUGGUAAAUCCUGAUCAAUUAUCGUCAUAUUUUCCUACAUUUUCAUAGAUAUGAGCGAUUUAAGAAGAAAAUUCUCUUUCUCGAAGACAUAAUCUCAAAUUCAAUGGAAUAACCUUCAAAUUUCCCACCAUAUUCUCCAGAUCUAGCCCUUAGUGACUACAGGCAUCAAAAAAGUUUCAACGAAAUGAAUAUCAAUCAUAUAAUGUAGUUAUUGUUGAAUCGGAAACUUAUUUUGGAGCUAAAGAAAAAUCAUUACAUAAAAUUGACUUGGAAAAUCGUUUUUCUAGUUGUGAAUUUUCGAAUAAAACGAAAUUUGGAUAAAAAAUUGUUUUAAAUAGGGGUUGUGUUGAUUAAUAUAUGGUUUGACAUAAUUUUGAUCAUUGAACUCAUCUUUGACCUGUACAGGGUGUCAUUGGGGGUUGGGGUGAUGUAAUAUUACAUGUUUGAUAAGUUUCCGAGAUUCUGGGGAACAAAAAACGGACCUAACUUGUAUUAGAAGACUAAACCCUGGGGUAUAACCAGAAAUCGUAAACAAUUUGAAGAAAAUUUUCAGAAAACCCUCGUAUAUAAAUUUGAAAAAAAAAUAUCUGUACAUUUUUGGUUUAUAUAUCCAUGGGACUACCAAAAAUACCUUCCGGUUAUUAUAAAAUAACUUUCCGCUGUUGGGUAUUAAGGAAAAUUGAAAAAAAAAAUAUAUCGAUUAAUAAAUUAGUAUUUAUUGUGAAUGUAUAUUUUCAAAAUGUACAUUAUUUUCAAAAUACUGCAAUAAAAAUAUCAAAAUUUGAUCGAAUUUAUUUAAAAAAUACGAUAAAACGAAAGCAGUUGUAUUAAACCAAUAACGGAUGUAAAUAAAAGUAAGUUAAAUCUAUUUCGCAUUCUAAUGUUUAUUUUUUUAAGUUUGUGAAAAUAAUUUUGAAAAAAUUUCCUGUAGAAUAUGAUUAUCUUAUAAUAAAAUACAAUGUCUUGGUGUUGG